UCACUUCACGCACCCGCGGAAGUAAAAGUCUCGACAUCGCCUGAGAGACUGCGUCGAGAAUUUGAUUUUUUUCUCUCUCUCGGCGAGUCUAACCCCCGUGAAAGCGACUCCAGAGUGCCGUCAGGAAGAAAAAAAGCCCACCGCCUUCUCGUCCAGCGAAGCCUGCGGACGCCCAAGAUGUUCGGAUCCGGAUACAAGUGCGAGCGGCUACGCGUCAACCUGCGCCUCGUCAUCAACCGCCUGAAGCUUCUGCAGAAGAAGAAAACGGAGUUGGCUCAGAAGGCGCGAAAGGAGAUUGCGGACUACCUCGGCAGUGGCAAGGAUGAGCGGGCGCGCAUCCGCGUGGAGCACAUCAUCCGCGAGGACUACCUCGUGGAGGCCAUGGAGAUCCUGGAGCUGCUGUGUGACCUUCUGCUCGCACGAUUCGGCCUUAUCCAGUCCAUGAAAGAGAUGGACCCGGGCCUCGAGGAAGCCAUCUCCACACUCAUUUGGGCUGCGCCGCGGCUGCAGGCCGAGGUGCAGGAGCUGAAGGUGGUGUCUGAUCAGCUGUGUGCCAAGUACAGCAAGGAGUAUGGGAAGCUGUGUCGAACCAACCAGACUGGCACUGUCAACGAGCGGCUGAUGCAUAAACUGGGGGUGGAGGCACCGCCUAAAAUGCUGGUGGAACGCUACCUCAUUGAAAUCGCCAAGAACUACAACGUGGGCUUCGAACCCGAUGCCAUCGUGCUGGGCGAGGUCCCCGUUGCUGACGAGGCAGACCUGAUUGGGGUCUACGGAGAAGUCGAUGACUACAAGUGGGGGGGUGGCGGUCCUGCUGGCGGUCGCGGUGGCGGUCACGGCGGCGGUCACGGCGGCGGUCACGGUGGCGGUCACGGUGGCGGUCAUGGUGGCGGUCCUGCUGGCGGUCCUGCUGGCGGUCACGGUGGCGGUCACGGUGGCGGUUAUGGUGGCGGUGGCGGUCACAGCGGUGGUGGUGGUGGUGGCGGUGGCGGCGGCGGCGGCGGUGGCGGCGGUGGCGGUGGCUGCGUUGGGCCCCUGCCAUUCGGGAAUGCGGCGAUGCCUCCUCCUCUGCCCAGCGGCAUGCACCCCAAUAUGAUGCCCAUCCCCACCAUGCCGACAAUACCAACUGUGCCACCAGUGACUCCAUUCUCAUACCCGCCAGGAAAUUCCCAGAAUUCCAGUGGCCUGUAUGAAGAUGUCAGCGAUCAGAAGUGCAAGCCACCCAUGCCUGGGGGCUUUCCCGUCUUCCCCGGUGCCCCGGUUGCCCAGCCCCCUCCCGCCUACGACAACCUGGCCCCCCAUUUCGACCUACCAGACCUGCCUACUGUGCCAGACUCGUUGCCGCAACCAGCCCCCCGCCGUCGCCCUCCCAACUCGUCUGGCCCGCCGCCUCCAUCCGACGAGGUCGAUUUUGACGACUUGACGCGGCGCUUCGAGGAGCUCAAGAAGAAGAAGUAAAAUGGGGAGACGCUCCCACCUCCCCCAUUCCUCGCUCUGUUUUCCUUCGUCAGCAGCAUCUUCAAUCUCUGUCCUAUUUCUCUGCCUCCCACUCUUCCCUUUAUUGAUCUCAUCUCACUCAAUCAUUUCUUUCUCCCUUCUCUCUCUUCCUGAAUGAUUUCCCUCCCUCCUUCCCCAUCUUCCAUCUCCCUCUCUCCCUCCCAGGCACUCUGGCAGACACUUUAGGGGGGGGUCAUCUUGACACGAGGCAGCGCUACUCACUGAAGUGUAAAACUUGGACACGCAGUCUUGUUAGCCGCUGAUAGACACUUUGCAAUGAAGUUAGGAGAUCCGCCCGUUUAGCCUGGGGAGGCCUUCUAAUGAUGAAAAGCGAGCGCGUGUGUGCGCAUGUAUGCGAAACAAUCCUAUCUUCUUGCAUGAUUGUAAAAGCAGUACAUAGUGCUCUUUAGCCCGUUUCCUGACACAGAUUCCAAUGUGUCAAUGGAAGCUUCUUAGUAUUCCUCUUAAAAAUGCAACCUAAAAACUAAACGGCUCGCAUACAGUAGUUAGGUACGUAGUUGUGCUGUCAGACGCAAAUAAGAAUCUUUAGGAAUCGGGACAAAGACUAUGAAAUCUGUACUAGUCAUGCAAAUAUAUUCAUAAUUUGUAUCAUUUGCGGUAAUGUCAGGUCAGGUUUUUCCUAUCCUCUUAAGAUUAACACUCAUUGGAUACUCCUAGGGACAACAGGCCUGGUGUGUGGCUAGAGGAUGAUUUGCAGCUUGGCCUAUAAGUUGCUUCUUGCAUUUCCAAUAUAACACGGUUGCCUCAAGGUCAGCGACAGACGUGACCCCUUCCAAAGCUUGUACGACUCGUAUUAAGGCGGCGUGGCUUCUCACCUUGUCGGCUACGGUACCCUGGCCAGCCUUAAUAGACAUCGCCUUGGCACGCUCGCCCACAGACCAGGCCUCUCGGGGACACCUAGCCUGGUACAGAGCAUGGCCAAGUUUUUCCUGGUCCCUAAGUUGCCUUUGGCCCAUUUGAAUCACAAUUGCUCUUGAGCAUUGCUUCAUAUCGGUUGGGCUAAAAAUGUGGCACAGUCUGCGGUUCUUGCCGAAUUAACGACUGCAGUUGCUUCCAUAGCCAAGGCAGAAUGCUUCCAGUUCAUAUUAAAAUCGUACGCUUCAUUUCCAUGGGGCAGCCACCUCGAGUUGAACUGGAGUUGGGCCGAUUUCUCGCAGAACCCGAGUUGAAGGACAGUGGCGUCGUUCACGCGAGUUCGACGGCUCUUUCCCAGGCAUACCUGCAAGCCGGAAUGGCAUACUUGUAAACGUGGAACGUUGGACCAACGUUGGUUCAACGGUUCCAACCACAUGCCACAACGUUGGCCCAAUGUAUGUUUACUGGCGUCCAACUCGAGUUGAUGGAAAUAUUUGGAAAUUAUCUUGCCUUCGUGGCAACUCAAUUUAGUGGCUCGUGAGAUGAUGUUGGUGCACAUUCACGACUUGUGUACGGUUUAUAUAGUAGUGGUUUUAAGUCGUGUGCAUUUACACUUUAUCUUGCUUUUGUGGAUUAAUUUAAAUCAAAAGUUGUUCAAGAAAAUGUGCCCUUGUCGCACUUUCUGUUGGGCUGCUGUGUUUGUAUCUUUCCAUUUCGUGUGUUAUUUUAAAUUGUAAAAUGGUGGGUUGAGGGUUCUGUGAGUGUGCGCAUGCAUUUGUGAAUGCAUCUUAUGAGCAGAAUUUUGUUUGCUUUAACUUGUAUCUCAUUGUAGCUUUCAGCUGUGUUCGUCUCUGUGUGCGAGCAUCAUAAACUGGUCUGAAAGCGUGGCAUAUGCCACCUACACACUCCCAAGCAUUUAUUUUAUAAAGCUGACUUUUGUAAAUUAAUAAACUCUUAUUCUUGGGAUGAAA